AUGGACUUACCCGUGGCAGCCAACAUCCUCGGCAUCCUCGGAGCGGUCUGCUGGUCGGUGCAGUUGAUUCCGCAAAUCGUCGUCAACUACCGUCGACAUCAUGCCGUCGGCCUCCAGCCGUCCAUGAUGAUGCUCUGGGCCUGCGCCGGCGUCCCGCUCGGCGUCUACAACAUCGUCGAGGAGUUUAAUAUUGCGCUGCGCAUCCAGCCUCAGAUACUGACAUUCCUGAGCCUCGCCACCUGGAUGCAGUGCCGUCACUACCAGAGGGGAUGGUCCGUCGCACGCUCGCUCUUGGCCGUCGCGCCGAUCGUCCUCGCCAUGGGCGCCAUACAGGCUUCGCUCAUCAUGGGUCUUCGCAUCCUCAAGACGCGCGCCGUGAACUGGCCCCUGACCUUCAUGGCUGUCCUGUCGGCCCUACUGCUCGCCUUGGGCGUCCUGCGGCAUUACUGGGACAUCUACCUCCACCGUACCGUCCGCGGCGUAUCCUUUGUCUUUGUCGCCAUCGACGCUGCCGGGGAUUUGUUUUCCCUCGUCAGCAUCUUCUUCCAGCCGCAGCUCGAUGUGCUGGGCAUGGCCGUGUACGGGACCGAGCUGGUCCUGUGGCUCGGCGUCUUUGCCUGCGGCGCCUGGUAUUCCCUGCUGCCUUGGCUGAGGGAGACGUGGUUUUCAUGGCACCAGCACGUUCAAGAUCGUCGCUCAGAUGACGAUUCAGCCCAACCCGGACCAGAAGUCGAAGUAGCGCCCACGGUCAUUGCCAUGCACGACAUGCCCUCAACAACGUCGGUAUUUCGGACUGCCUCUGCCUCUGCCGAGUCUCUACGGCCCAGGAUCAUCACUAGGCGAGGUGUUAAUGGCCAGGACGAGGCGCAAAGGUCAACGGAGGCAUGA